UACUUGGUGGUUUCCAACCGUUCACUUGGCUGUUAAAUUGCCUAUCGGUUCGUUGGUAUACUGCCGUGUUCUGGUAAUCUGAGACCUGAAAAACAGCCCAGACAUCGAGCAGAGAUGGAUAUUCUCACUGUGCUGCCGUCCAGCUUCGGAUAUGUCAUAUUUAUUUACCUCUACAGUUGGACGAUGCUGGGGUAUUUAGGAGUCAAGGUUUCAGCUGCCAGGAAGAAGUACGAUGUUCAGUAUCCCACUAUGUACAGUGAUAAGGAGCAAGUGUUCAACUGUAUCCAGAGAGCACACCAGAACACUCUUGAGGUGUAUCCUCAGUGGCUUGUUUUCCAGACCAUUGCAGCUCUUGUUUAUCCGUUAACAGCAUCUGUGCUGGGAGCUAUUUGGGUGACCAGCAGGUUCUCCUAUGCCUGGGGGUACUACACAGGAGAUCCAGCCAAGAGGAAGAAUGGUGCCUAUGGCUACAUUGGAUACUUUGGAGUCAUUAUUCUGUCCAUAUCUGUAGCCUUGCAAUUGAUUGGUGUCUUUUAAGAUGAAUGCCAUCUUCUAGUUGCCCAUCUGACUUACACGUUUGCUCAUUUACACUGGCUUGCAUGACAUUUUCAAAUGUAUCAACAAUAAAGUAUCUGUACAAUUCUUUAAAUGCUUAUUUCAAAUUAUGAUGCAAAUCAUAUUUUUAUGGACCACUAACUUGAUAUUGAUAUUUUUUAUUCCAGUAUUUGUUGUGAAUGUUCACUCUGUGUAAUCAUUGACAACAAAGUACAUAAAAACUGAUGCUACUUCCUCAAAUGUGUUCUUUAUAGUCCACAGUUGAAAGCACUGCUGCCAUGUGACUAAUAAAAGGUUUAGUAGCAGACAUCAAGACCCAAUGUGACUCACACAUGAUGCACCAGCUAAGCACAAAUCUCCCAUUAGAUGGAGCAUACAGUAAAUUGCUUCAAAGCCAUCUACACGUCAUCUUAAACAAUACUAAAUCUAUGAUUAUGUUCUGUUGACUGUGUGUAGAAAGCUGUUUCCUCUGAGAUAACUAAGGUGUAAAAUCAGCCAAUCCAUUUGUUUCAAUAAACAUUUUUGUUUUUAAA